AUGACCCAGACCACAGCCCCGGCGGUUGUUCCUGGAACCUACACGCUACCCACAGUUAACUAUGAGGGUUCUGGUGCCCAAGUUCAGGGAGGACCAACCGUGAUGGGAGCUGUUGGAUGGACCCCACCUGCCGGUCCCCUUCCCGAGAAGGGUCCGAUACAAGGUGGGCAAGCAGCCCCUGCCGAAAUACCCCCUCCAGAAUAUUCGUAUAAGAAAUCUCGAAGAACUGUCCCACCUAUGACCCAGACCGCAGCCCCGGCGGAUGUUCCUGGAACCUACACGCUACCCACGGUUAACUAUGAGGGUUCUGAUGCCCAAGUUCAGGGAGGACCAACCGUGAUGGGUGCUGUUGGAUGGACCCCACCUGCUGGUCCCCUUCCCGAGAAGGUUCAGAUACAAGGUGAGCAAGCAGCCCGUGUCGAAAUGCCCCCUCCAGCAUAUUCGUACGCGAUACAUAAUCCAGCAACCAGCACAAGCAACAACCCUUCUGAAAAUGAAAAAUGA